UCUAAAGUGAAUUUUUGGAUUUUUCCACGAGAAGUAAUGAAAAAUGUUAAAGAAAAAUGCCAUUAAAGUGGGAGAAUCUUCUCUUAUAGAUUUAAAAGUGGAAUUACAUAAGUCACAGUUAAACUUUGAUAAAGAAAAAUCAAGUACUUCUCAACCAACUGUAAAACCAACUCCAAUAGAAAAGUCUAUUAAAGGUAAAAUUAUAGUAGAAAAGCCAAAACAAGAGAAGAAAGUAGAAAAUGAGAAUGAAGAUAACAAAAAAUUUGAAGAAAUCAAAAUUAAACUGGAGCAAAAAGCAAAAGUAUACGAGAAAAUGAUGUUAGAAGGAGCUCCAGAAUCACUGGAAAAUGAGGAUGGCUAUCUGGUGGAUUUUGAAAAGAAAAAAUGGGAAAAUGAAGAUAAAAUCAAUGAAUUAUUAGAAGACCGGGAACAAAUUUAUAAACAAGAGUUAUUAGAAAAUUAUGACCCAAAGACCGCAGUCGCCAACGAAGAUGACUGGAUUGAGUUUGUUGAUUCUCUUGGCCGAACAAGAAAAUGCCUUAAGGCUGAUUAUGAGGAAUUUAAAAAAAGAGACUUGGAAAUCCGCCCUCUGGAUGGCGAAGAUUUAGUUGAUAAAAGGAAGCAAUGGCGAGAAGAAAUAAGGGCGAAAGUGCUAAAGCUGGAAGAAGAAGAAAAAGAAAGAAUGUCCAAGCCGGUAACUUUUUUGCACUACACUGAAGCCAGUCGUGGCGAAAUUCGACAAUUGGGAGUUGGUUAUUAUAAAUUUUCAUCAAAUGAAGAGGAAAGAAUCAAGCAAAGAGAACUUCUGGAUGGUUUAAGAAAUAAAACUGUCAACCAAAGGAAACGAGUACAAGAUAUGAAGCAGAAAAGAGAAGACACUUUGCGAAAACGGCUUGAAAAAGUAAAAGAGCGGAAGGAAAAGCGAGAAAAGCAAUCCCAGUCAAAUCUUUCAGCUCUUGAUGAGUCGAUUCUUCUGGUGAACGUUAGUGAAACUACUAGUGAAAAUGGACCAAAUCUCCUUUAAUCUCUCUGAUUUCAUCGUAGUGUUCGUAUAAUAUUUGUUAAA